UUCUCCCGGCUGUCGCACACUGCGAAUUACAUUUACAAGCUCGAGUUGCUUUUCUAGAUGAAAUGCGUGUUUUUGUGUGUGCACCCCCUGCCCCUGAGUAGUGGAGAUGGUAGGGGAAAUGUUUAUUAGGUCAAAAUGUCGGGACAGUGUAGAGCUUCUGGUGCAUCCCGUCCUAUUGCAUAAUCGUGGACUAAUUAAAGACAGGUCAGUUUUCAGUUUGAUCCCAGUGCGGUGGAGCAGGUAUAACCCAUCAUACCUGGAGCCAGUCACAGAUAAAGAGAAGUACAGACGUCCUUUAGAUGAACUCAGUAAAGAACAACAGGAAGAAUGGGAACUUAAACUCACCAAACCAAUUAAGGCUUGUCCAGCCAAUCUAACCAGCUCUGUCUUCACUGACCAAACUAUCAGCAAAUUCACCAACAUGAUGAUGAAAGGUGGUGACAAGAUUCUGUCUCGAUCUAUCAUGAAUAAGACUUUAGAAAAAAUAAAGAGAACACAGUUGGAGAAAUAUUACAUGUCCAGUCCGGGGGAGAGAGACAAUAUUGAGUGCAACCCCUACACCAUUUUUCAUCAAGCCGUGAAUAGCUGCAAACCUGUCAUUGGUCUUACCACUAUCACAAGAGGAGGAAAGUCCUAUCAGGUGCCCACACCACUGAUGGAGACCAAGCGUCAGUUUAUGGCCAUGAAGUGGAUACUCACAGAGAGCCGAGAAAACAAAGAUCGCCGAACCUUCAUGUAUGAGAAGCUUGCAGCUGUACUGUUGCAAUCUUUUUAUGGAGAGGGAAAUGUUAUUAAAAGGAAGCAUGAUCUACAUAAAAUGGCAGAAUCAAAUCGAGCCUUUGCUCACUUCCGCUGGUGGUAGCUGUGUGAUUGAUGCAGCACUCUCAGCUCUUCUUACACUGACUGAUCAUAUACGACCCGCCACAAGAUACCUGUAUAUACAUUUUUGCUACUCUUCUGGUCAGCAUCAAACUCUUCUGCAUGUUGUUUAAAACAAAUCUAUAAUUCAAACUGACACAUUGUAAAUUUGUCCUAUUUUAAAAUGUUAAGAAUACAAACUAAGUAUUUGAAUUGUU